AUGAUUAAGACAGACUACACCGACAUUGUUGUCGAGGUCUCCGGCCAGAUUGGCAUCAUCAAGUUCAACCGCCCAGACUACCUCAACGCUUUCGGCGGCCGGCUGCUGCCAGAAACCAUCAAUGCAUUUCGCGAGCUCAACGAGCAUCCCGACACCGUCUUGACCGUGUUGACCGGUGCCGGACGCUUCUUCUCCUCCGGCUGGGACAUACGAAGCAUCGAGCUGAUCCGCACCAUCAUCGACCAUCGCAAGGUCUUCGUCCUCGCCCUCAACGGCCCCGCCACCGGCGGCGGCGCCGCGUGGUUCCUCGGCCUCGCCGACACCGUCCUCGCCGCCUCCACCGCCCACCUGCACAUGCCCUUCUCCGCGCUCGCGCUGGUCCCCGAGAACGGGUCCAUCCGCACGCUCGCCCACUCCCUCGGCGUGCACCGCGCCAACGACCUGCUCAUCUACGGGAAGAGGGUGACGGCGGGGGAACUGCGCGCCUGGGGCACGGUCAGCGAGGUGUUCCCUGCGGGGGAUUUCCACGCGGAGGUGAGGGGCUUCUUGGAGAGGCAGCUGGAGGAGAAUGACGGGGAGAGCAUGAUGAUUGCAAAGAAGCUGGGGACGGCGCCGCUGAGGAGCGAGAGGCUGCUGGCGGCGUACGAGGCGAUGGAUGCGCUGUACGAGAGGAUGGUGGAGGGCGCGCCGACGGCGAGGUUUGUGAAGAAGAUUCAGGGGCUUCAGGAGAAGAAGGAGAAGAAGGAGAAGAAGGAGAAGCAAUCAAAGUUGUAA